UGGUUCGAGCGUCGCUGCCUGACGCCUUUGGCGGGCGAUGAAUGGAGCCACCGUAACCAGUCUUUCGGUAGGCUUUGGACCAUCAACAGCGGAUCAGCGGAUAGGCGCGGACUUUCGAGGCAUGUGUUGAAAACGGAUUCAGAAUCGUUUUUCUCAGUGAUGACGAAACACUACUGUUUUAUUUGACACCAGUUUUAGAAAGUCAGAUUCGGGGAUCGUUAUCUUUACCAGUCAGUAAAACAGUUGGAAAAUUCGCGUGUUAUUGAUUUAGCGGUAACAAGAACCGGCACCGGGGUGGUUAAUUUUAACCCGCACAAAGGCGGAAAAGUUGAUUAGAAAAAUUGGCGCACCAUUUGAAGCUGUCGGUUUUGCAUGCGGCGUGAAUACGGUUAUGCUUGACAAAGAACAAUGCCGAAGGAAAGUGAAUAUGGCAUCAUGUUACACUGGCAGCAGCUAUUAAUUAUUACAGCAACUGGACUGUGAGUGGUUUUUAACACCGUGUGGAAUAAGUGUUAAUAAAAAAAGAAGUGAAUACUAGCACAAACAGUUUUGCGAGGCAGCUUUGUGAGCAAUCGACGACGGUGUCUUGCUGUGCACGUGAGCAUAGAAGAAAAUCACCAAAAAAACCGCGUCGAGCUAUGCUGGGAAUGCAAUUUCUCCACAGCCUUGUGUGAACGACGACGGAGUGGAAAAGGAUCCGUUCAGUGUUUGUUAUUGUAUUCUUUUUUUAUCAUAUUCGGUCAGAGCUGUUGAGUGGUGAAAUUCUACCUUUUUUUUUUGUUUCAUCCCAAAACGACAACGAGUCGGUAGUUUGCACAAACCAAAAUGAAGAUGCGAGUGUUUAACAGGAUGAAACUGGUACCGCUGCUGGCGGUGCUGCUGUGCUCCGUGAUGAAUAAAUGUUCUUUUGCCGAACCGGAACUGACGGCUUCGUCGGUGGUGUCAACGGCCGAUUCGACAUCGUUACCGCAGGCACAGCUGGAAGCUGACGAGCAGGAUGAGGAUUCGACGGAUAUUGCUACGGCGGAAAGCGCUCACCAACCGCAGACCUACUUCUUAACGACGAUCCCCGUGCAGCCGCUGGAUUACGAAAUGGUAUCGAUAACACCGUUUGAUGGGCUUGACGGCCGGAGACGACGCCGGCUAGGUAGGAAGCGCAAGCGGAGGCCACUGCCGGACGACUAUUGGCAAGGUAGUCCACGAGAGGUUGAACCGGAAAUGAUCUACCGAGGGACUGACACGGUAGGAACCUUUACCCAAACCGAUAGAAAGCGAACUUAUCCCCGGUGGGAAGCAAAUGGCAGUGGAACCAGUGUUCGUCCCCGACCCGAUCGGUGGGCCAAUCCAUAUAGCGAUGCAAUUGAUCCGAGUAAUCCACCGCCACGCCCGAGACCAUACGAAACAUUCAACAGAGGCAGAGAGAAUUUUCCUCCUAUUGAAGGCAAUAGGCAAAGAAGACUCCCCAGGCCAGAAGAACAACAGCCAACCAGUACCUCCGGGUAUAAAGCUUAUCGAAAACCGUAUUCUCAAGCGAAACGAGUGGAAGAGGACGGCAGUUCGUCCGUUGAAAACGGUAAGAAUGCGACAGCCGACUUGAAGGCACUACUCAAGCAAUCCGACGGACUCAGUCUCAGCGAAAUUCUUCAGCAGCGCAACAUCUCUCUGCAGGAUCUCAUUAAAGGGAAGCAAAUGGCUUUAGCCGCCUUAACUCAAAGCCCGUUGGAUGUUGCCACAGUAACGGAGGCUGAAAACGAAAUAACAUCUGCCGAGCCGACACUUUCCGGUGUGAGAUUAAAAGUGGUGCAGAAUGACACAAAGCCGGACUAUCAUGAUAUAAAAACCAUUAAAAGAAUCCCUGUGUUCUCACCGUCUGCAGCGCCAGUCAUGGCUAGUGAAAGCACAGCAAUUGGAUCAACAACCACAGCAACACCAACUCAGCUUCCACCUUCCGCUCAGGCUCAAGACGAAACUAAUUCCGUCGAAGACAUCAUCACAUUAGAGAACGUCGGAAGCAGUAACGAUAACGUCGCAAUAUUCCCCACAGUAGAGAUCAAGCAACUCGCCCUCAACCCUGUACUGCCCACGGUCAAAGACGAACGCUUGCGACCAAUCAAAGGUGUUGCAUCGCGAAUACGGCCCGAUCUGAGCAAUUCCAACAUCCGAACGGAAGAAGUAUUCUCGGCCACAAGAAAACGCUACGAAAACGCAAAAUCGUACGCAACAGCCGAACCGUGGCGUUCAUCAACCACCAGCCCGCCGAGCUCAACCGCCCGGGAACGAUGGACCCCCUCACCAGGACUGUACGAAAAACGCGAACAGUUUUUGCAAAAACUCAAUCAAAACAAAGUACGCAAUCGUGUACCGUUCACGCUUUCCACCGAAAGCAACAACGAACCGCCUCCCGAAGAGCACACGGAUGCCAUUCUGCUCAACACCGAACCAUUCGUGCAAACAUCGUCCGAGCGCACGUUGAUGCGACUUCCGGUGGUCAGAAACCGGCUGUCGAUAAAACCAAAACUCCGCAGUCCACCACCUUCUCCGCCGUCUUCGUCAACAACGCAAUCGCAAUUGCAAUCGCAGUCUGCGGAAAGUGCCAUCAGCCUUGCCGAUGUGGAGUUCCACGACGAGCCGGAGAAUGUCACCAAACUACUGGAAACCGAGCAACCUGAACUGAACAUCAUCGAAAAGUUCACCUCAUUUGAAGACACCAAAGCUAGCAGCGAACCGGAACCUGUCCUGGAUUCGUUCGAACCAACCACAACAAAGGACGACGACCAGCUCAGCGAGGAUGACAUAAUAGAACGCAUCAACCAGAAUACACAGCGAUCGUUCACGGACAGUUUGGAGGAAUACAUCCGCGAUGUAACCGAAAGUAAUCCUUCGUUGUUCAAUGACCUUGGACCGCUCACUCUUUCGGAUGAUCGACGAGAAAUCCUAGAGCUAAUGGAGGACCGACGGAUCGGGGCACGGCUGGCAAAAGUAUUGUCUCAGCGAAACAUGACUCUGGACGAACUUCUGGAGCACCGAAAACGUGGCUCCAGUCAGCUACAUUUGUCCGAAAUCAUCAACAACAAGGUAAAACCGAUCGAGGAAAAGAUGGAUAUCGUCACGGCCUUCGAGCAUUUCCCACGAUUCAACAUAGGAAACCUACGAAGCAUACGGCCGGAUGACAUCAAACAAGAUUCGCAAGGUUUCAGCUACUUCACGUCGAUCAUCAGCAUCCGGCCAACGGAUGAGAUAUACAAAGAGGGUCGCUCGAUGCAGGACAACCAUCAGCGAGAGCACAAAUUUAUCGACUGGAAGCUCGCGCACACGCAUACCGGCGGCAAUCACAAAAUGGAGGGCGGUCAUUUUUUAGGUAACGGCGGACUGAAGGGCAGUGGGCUGAUCUCCCCUUCGCGUAUGUCCGCCGAUGCAGAGUUCGACAGCGGCGACGAUCGGCCACCGAGCAGCGAUUUGCUAGAUCUGGAACUGACCGGGCACGGGUUCAACCAUCGGCACACGGUCACGAUCGAGAGCGCCUCGAUGCCGCUGGGUGUCCGGUCGGCCAUAGUGGCCAGUGCCUGCAUCGUUGGUGUUUCGUUGGCGGUGUUUGCGCUCAUCUUUGUGGUCUGCCGCUGGCGACAGAGACGAAGGAACAAGCUCAACUACACGGAAAACUUUCACAUGGCCAAAGGCAAACUGCCGAUGAUGCACACGGAAGUACUGAAAACACCUCUCAACGAUUAUCACCAACAGCAACAGCAGCAGCCGUCGCAGCAGCAGCAGCAGCACCAGCAACACCAGCAACAACAGAUGGUUUACAGCACAGGCCAGCACAGUCUACAGCUACAGCGGAGCGACAGCAAAGUCAACACGAUGAAUCCCAACUCGGUCGAAGUGCAGGACUAUCUGUGGGAUACGAUGCGAAAACCGUUCCAGUAGGCGGCGCGGUAUUGGAAGAUGCCGGGGGAGUUUUGCGGUUACCCUAGGGAAUCGCAAUUGAAGCAAGCCAUACGUACCGGAGGAGGAAUAGAGAACCCGAGUCCAGUGGACCGUAAAACAUCUCUUUGAAUUUUCUACACAUGCCAAAGCCGAGCCUGAGGCAGCCGUUUUCCACAACAAAAAGGAAAGGAAAACUCCUUCCAACCUACACCCACCAUAGUUUGCCCUCCAGCAUCAACUAUUGUUUCGGUUACUCUGUGUGCGGUUGGCUAAUUGAUAAAAAUCUUCAUAUCGAGAAGCUGCCGUAGUAAAAUCUCCUGAAUAAAAUUAUGAACAAAAGCGAAACACAAACUUCCGUCUUAACGAGGCGGACUAAGCCGACCAGGGCGAGCGAGAGAGAGAGGUAAAACACCAGUACAUGACAGAUGAUUGAUGGUGCAGUCAAUGUGAUAGGUAUACAGAUUUGCCUAUAAUGCUGCUGUUGUUAAGUCGAUUUGCCUUCCAUUUUCGCCCCGCAGUAUGAACUGAAUGUUUUAUCGAUGGAAAAGUGUUGGAAAAAUGAAAGAUACGAUUAGCUCAGCACUAGAGAAUGCAACAAAAAAAAAACAAAGAAAAACACAAAACCAAUUGUUAAGAUACUAGCAAAGUAAGUUUCAAUUGUGCAAUACAACACUACGAUACGAUAGAAAUAGUUAAUGAAUACAAAUCUGCAUGGCAACAUCGUAGAUGUGUACCAUGAUGUCUAGUAACCAGAAAGCAAAUGCAAAGAAAAAAAACAAUACAUUUUAAUUUAGCACUAGCGAUAAUUUAUAAUUAACAAGUAGCGUUAAUAGCCAUUCAUGUAAGCUAAUUAGCGGUAACAUAUCUUAAGGAUUACUUAAACAGGUGCAAACGAGAAGCGCAGUCAUUACUCCAAACUUUUUUCGAAUGCUAGAAAACGAUAUCGUGUGUAAGAUAUAAUGAUAGAAACGGGCGCGCAAAAAAAACAGGCACUGCUAGAGUUCAGCAAUUGAAUUUUCGUAAAUUAUUCAGUUCACCACGACGUCAGUCAGCAUUACGAAAAAAAAACCUUUUCUCCGCAUUAUUUCAUAUAAUAUUUAAUUAAAUUAAGCCAGAACGAGAUCAAUUGUAUUUAAAUGCAACAAUACACAAGCCGGUUGAAAAAUGAGCCGUAGAAAUCCCCUCGGGAGUA